GUCUCUCUCCUACUUUUUGUGAAGAUCAGCUCAUCAUGGCCGCCCCACUUUUCUUUCUCACGCUCCUGGCUAUAACUUGUUCUGUUGCACGGGCAUCCGAUCCAACCCCACUUCAAGACUUCUGUGUUGCAGAUCUCAACAGUCCUGUGAAAGUGAAUGGCCUAGUUUGCAAGGAUCCCAAGCUUGUGGAACCCAAAGACUUCUUCGGGAGUGGAUUGAGUGUAGCAGCAGACGUAAACAACUCUGCUGGCUCCCAAGCAACUCCCGUCGGUGUUGCCCAAAUCCCAGGGCUCAACACUCUCGGCAUCUCCCUGGUUCGCUUUGACUUCGCCCCACACGGCAUCAUCGCUCCCCACACGCACCCUCGCGCCACCGAAAUCUUGACAGUCCUCGAAGGCACCGUCCUGGCCGGCUUCGUCACCUCCAUCCCGGAUAACCGUCUGAUAACCAAGACGUUGAACAAGGGCGACGUGUUCGUGUUUCCUGUGGGUCUCAUUCACUUCCUACAGAAUGUCGGGAAGGGCCAUGCAGUUGCCCUUGCAGCUUUGAACAGCCAAAACCCAGGUGUUAUUCCCAUUGCAAAUUCAGUUUUUGGAUCACACCCGGACAUCCCCACCGAUAUCCUUGCAAAGGCCUUCCAAACCGAUGCCGCUAUUAUAGCCAACAUUCAGGCCAAGUUUUAGACAGUGUCUGGGUUUGAAUUGUGGGGUGUGCUUUUGUACUGAUCUUCACAUAUAUAAUAAUAUAUA